CAUGACUGUUACUUGAUUGGAUAGAGCAGCUGUCAUUCACGCACGUACUGACGCCUUACGUAAGGUCAAGAGGAAAGAAGCAUGGCCGCAGUAUUGAGAGGAUCCUCUUACUUAUUGGGAAGAUAUCGCAAACAUGUUGACCUGGUACACGUCUCUGCAAGGCAUAUGGCUUCAAAGACACAGGUGGGAUUUGUCGGUCUGGGAAACAUGGGAAAUCCAAUGGCAAAGAAUCUGUUAAAACAUGGAUAUCCAGUCAUUGCUACAGAUGUGUUCCCAGAGUUCUGCAAAGAGGUGCAAGAGCUGGGUGCACAGAUUGUGGAUAAUCCGGCGGAAGUUGCAGACAAAGGCGAUCGUAUUAUUACCAUGCUGCCCUCUAGUCCCAACGUCAUAGAUGUAUACACCGGACCAAAUGGCAUUCUGAAAAAAGUAAAGAAAGGCUCCCUGUUGAUUGACUCCAGUACUAUUGAUCCAGCGGUUUCAAAGGAGAUGGCUGCUGCUGCUGAGAAGCAAGGGGCGGUUUUCAUGGAUGCACCUGUGUCGGGCGGUGUGGGCGCUGCCAGUUCGGGUAAGCUGACCUUUAUGGUUGGAGGUGCAGAAGAGGAAUUUAAUGCAGCCAAAGAACUACUAACCUGUAUGGGAUCUAAUAUUGUUUAUUGUGGUCAAGUUGGAACUGGACAGGCUGCUAAAAUCUGUAACAACAUGCUCUUGGCGAUUGGAAUGAUUGGCACUUCAGAGACGAUGAAUUUGGGCAUCAGACUUGGCCUCGAUCCCAAACUUUUGGCCAAAAUUCUGAACAUGAGUUCAGGGCGGUGCUGGUCUAGUGACACUUACAACCCGGUGCCAGGAGUUAUGGAAGGAGUCCCCUCUGGGAAUAACUACCAAGGAGGUUUUGGCACUCAGCUGAUGGCAAAGGAUUUGGGCCUCGCACAGAACACAGCCACAAACACAAAGACUCCUGUCCCUCUUGGCUCUUUAGCCCAUCAGAUCUACCGUAUGAUGUGCGCUCGCGGUUAUGCCAAUAAAGAUUUUUCCUCCGUGUUCCAGUUCCUGCGUGAAGAGGAGGGCCAGUAAAGUCAGCCUCCGUCCACAGCUUUGCUAUGUGUCUGCGUCCGCACAGGACUGACAGAGCAGUUUGGGUGCAUUCACCACAAGGAUGUGUUUUUUAAGUUAGGAACUAAAUGAGCUCUACUAUCAUGCAACACAUAUUUUGAGCACUUGUAUCCAGUAUAAAUUCUUGUGUGUUAUGGAUAUUUUUGUAAUCAGACACUCCUUUUAGCUCUAGAAGUAAUCCAUUUGCCACCUAUGCAGAAGAAGAAAUAGAAUUUAUGAUCUGUGCUGAUGUUUGUUGGUGUCCAUGUGUCUGUUUUCCUUGUUUUAUUUUCUUUUGAUUUGGAAAUUGUUACUUUAAGUUUUCACUUAAUAAAAUAAAACUAUUGUAA